AAUAACGUUCCUCGUUAGCCAUAUUAGCUCCAGGCUACAUUGAAUGGUAGCCGCCGUUAGCAGCUGCUAGCAUUAGCUUAGCCAGGCCUCGGCUAGCAGCGCGCCGUUAAUAAAUGUACCGUUAGCUUGAUCUCCAAAAGCCGUUUUCAUUCUCUCAUAAAAUCACAGUAAACUCACAGCGAGUUCCUGUUUCCUCUUCACCAGCUCCGCCAGCUCCCGGCGGGUGUCCGGGAUCUGCGGUGGAGUCGCCUUAGCAUGCAUCGCCAUGAUGGAUGGAGCUCUGCGGAACAAAACACCGGCGGCGGCUCGGUGACGUCAGACCCCCGUCCGUUAGCAGCAGCCGGCAGGUGGCGCUGAAAUCUCGCGAUACGAUGAAUGACGGUGUUUUCACGGCACCAUAGCAACAGACAGAAAUCCAAAAGGCUUCAGAUUUUUAACUCCAACUUCACUUUCUGCGAGUUUUUCACAUGAAUCAUGGGCAACAUGUACCGAAGAUUAAAUAAAAAAAAGAUUCCAGCUGUUUCACCUUCAAUACCAUCAAAAUACCAAACAGUGGUGAUAAUAAAUGAAGAAAAGAAGGGAUUUUUAUCUCAGACCAGGAGGUUUCCUUCACAGCUCUGUCUGAGUGAGACUCCAGGACCAGGCAGCUAUGGAUGCAUUUCCAGUGCUGAGGUCUGCAGUCCGUCCUUCUCAAAGAAAGGAACCAGCGGCUUUGUUGCAUCAAAGACAUCCAGAAAGUUUCAGAAAAACUUCCCCGGACCGAACGAAUACAACCUGUGGAGUUCGUUGAUAAAGAAGAACGACUUCAACGCCGGAGCCUCCAGAGUUUUCAGACUUCCUGUCGCCGUUCAGAUCGAAGGUCCCAAAGAUCAAACUCCGGCUCCGAACCAGUACCAUGUGGGUUCUGUAAACACGGUCAGGUUCUCCUCGGUUGUUGGAACGUCGUCUUUCCUCUCAAAAACAUCACGAGACUCGACCUUCCUGAACAGGAACGUUCCAUCACCAGGCCACUACGAGGUGAGCAGCAGUCUGAUCCAGAGCGGCUCCAGAGCUCUUCUAUCGCCGUUUAGAUCUAAAACCCAGAGGAGUCCUGCUGCCGUGGAUAAAGGAGGACCAGGACCAGGAACCUACAGCCCUCAUCAGGCUCCAGUCAAGAGAACCGUCCUGCCGAGGAGACAUUACCUGACGUUAGCAGCUCCUCCUCUGGUGGUUCCUAAGGACCCUCCUCUACCGGGACCAGGUCAGUACGACAUCAGGGAUCAUAACCCAACAUCCAAACGUCUGAAGCCAAUGGCAGCAUUUGCAUCCAGAACCCAGCGAAUACCUCGAACCUCUGGAGCUGAGAUGAUCCCAGGACCAGGUUUCUAUGAUCCUCAGCUUCAGUCCAAACAGUCGUUCUUUUACAACGAUUCCAGAGUCUGGUUACCGGCUUGAAGCUUCCAGCUGCCCAACAUUUAAUCCUCAGGAGAAUAAAUUUUAUUUCUGUAGAACCUUUAAACACCGAGUCACGAGCUACUUUACAGAACAAUAAACAUACACAGUGUUAGAUAGAAGAAAACAUUAGUGAAGACGUUUAAAAGAGCAACAACAGCAUCAGAACAAGAUAAAACUUCAGGUCGAUUUUUAAAAACUCCUGGAACUGAGAUACUGACCGAACUGGAGAUAAUAAACCCUUUAAAACAGUAAUAAAAGCUGAAGAUUAUGGCCUUGAAAAUUAAAAAUAGUACUUUUUUUUCCAAUUUUUUUUUUGACAGUUUUGAGUCAUUUUGGACAAACUGAGCAAAACUUGUCUGGUCAAACUUUAACAUCUGGACCUCUUUGAACUCCAGGUUCUGGUUCCGACCAAUGAGUCCACAUCAACAUUGAAUCUAAACAUCUAAAAACUGGAAUCUUGUCUGGUCAAACUUUAGCAUAUCAGGUUCUACUGAUGUUAGAGCCUCAACAGUUGGAGAAAUGUGGACUAAAGACUGGAUUUUAGUAGAAAUAUGGAUCCAUCCAUAGAUAUACAGUGACAGGAACUUUAUGGAGACACUCGACCAGCCUGGUUUGGAGAUUUUUGAACUUUCUUUCCAUUUAAAAAGAGCAAAAAUUAUUCAUUAUUGUUAUUUAAAACAAUUUUGAGACAUUUUGGACUAAUUUUGAGUAAUUUUGAACAAGUUUAAGGUCACUUAGGCCCAUUUUGAGUCAUUUUGGGGACACAAUAACUCACUUGCAUGAAAAUUUCUUACCAUUUGUGUGCCAGAAAUGAUAAUUUUAUACAAUUUUGUUUGGUUUUAGACAAUUUCUGAGUCAUUUUGGACAAAUGUUAAACUUAUUUUAAGACAUUUAGAAGCAUUUUGUACAAUCUUUGAGUCAUCUUCAACAAAUUUUGAGUAAUUUUAGACAGAUUUCAACUCAAUAUAUCUAAAAACUGGAACCUUGUCUGGUCAAACUUUCAGAUCCUACUGAUGUUAGAGCCUCAACAGUUGGAGAAAUGUGGACCAAAGACUGUAUUUUAGUAGAAAUAUGGAUCCAUCAAUAGAUAUACACUGACAGGAACUUUAUGGAGACACUAGACCAUCUUAGUGAAAAAUUUUGAACUUUUUUUCUGUUUUCAAGAGCUAAUAAUUGCUAAUUAUUUUCAUCUUUCACAGUUUUGAGUAAUUUUGGACAAACUAUUUAAUUUCAGACAUGUUUAAAGUCAUUUUGAGCAGUUUUAAGUCACUUUGGGUGGUUUAAAGUCAUGUUUCUUUAAACCUAGAACACUAAAAGCAGUCAGGAUCUGUCAUCAGAGCAGAUCAGCUGCUUCAGUCUGACUUCACUGCUGCAGCUUCAUGUCUGAACUCGUCUGCAGCUGAACGAGACAUCUGGAAAAGCUCCAUAAAAACACCGAGGCAGGAAGGUAAUGAUCCUCCUGGUAGACCGUCCGGAUUCUCCUGGAAGAACGUCCGGAUCCUCCUGGUAGACCAUCCGGAUUCUCCUGGAAGAACGUCCGGAUCCUCCUGGAAGACCGUCCGGAUUCUCCUGGAAGAACGUCCGGAUCCUCCUGGAAGACCGUCCGGAUUCUCCUGGAAGAACGUCCGGAUCCUCCUGGUAGACCGUCCGGAUUCUCCUGGAAGAAGGUCCGGAUUCUCCUAAAAAGAGCGUCUGAAUCGUCCUGGUAGACCGUCUGGAUUCUCCUGGAAGAAUGUCCGGAUCCUCCUGGUAGACCAUCUGGAUUCUCCUGGAAGAACGUCCGGAUCCUCCUGGUAGACCGUCCGGAUUCUCCUGGAAGACCGUCCGGAUUCUCCUGGAAGAACAUCCAGAUUCUCCUGGUAGACUGUCUGGAUUCUCCUAAAAAGAGCGUCUGAAUCGUCCUGGUAGACUGUCCGGAUUCUCCUGGAAGAAGGUCCGGAUUCUCCUGGAAGAACGUCCAGAUCCUCCUGGAAGACCGUCCGGAUUCUCCUGGAAGAGCGUCUGAAUCCUCCUGGUAGACUGUCCGGAUUCUCCUGGAAGAACGUCCAGAUCCUCCUGGAAGACCGUCCGGAUUCUCCUGGAAGAGCAUCUGAAUCCUCCUGGUAGACUGUCUGGAUUCUCCUGGAAGACCAUCCGGAUUCUCCUGGAAGGCCGUCCGGAUUCUCCUGGAAGAACGUCCAGAUCCUCCUGGAAGACCGUCCGGAUUCUCCUGGAAGAGCGUCUGAAUCCUCCUGGUGGACCGUCCGGAUUCUCCUGGAAGACCGUCCGGAUUCUCCUGGAAGAACGUCCAGAUCCUCCUGGAAGACCAUCCGGAUUCUCCUGGAAGAGCGUCUGAAUCCUCCUGGUAGACUGUCCGGAUUCUCCUGGAAGAACGUCCAGAUCCUCCUGGAAGACCGUCCGGAUUCUCCUGGAAGAGCGUCCAGAUCCUCCUGGUAGACUGUCCGGAUUCUCCUGGAAGACCGUCCGGAUUCUCCUGGAAGACCGUCCGGAUUCUCCUGGAAGAACGUCCAGAUCCUCCUGGAAGACCAUCCGGAUUCUCCUGGAAGACCAUCUGGAUCCUCCCAGCAGGAAGAAGAAAAAACUUUGUUGAGUUUCGGUUUCAGAACAAAUGUGUGGAGCUCAGAGUCUGGAUUUCCGUCCAGCUGCUGCAGUUGGUGUUUUUAUCGACAGCAGGAGGAAGAAAAAUCUGCAGCUGAUGGAGUUCAUCCUGAAAUAAACUGUUUCCAUGACAACGCUGUGGCUCCAUGUUCGAUUUCUGCUUCAGAUUCUUGACGAUGUUUACAUUUUCAUCCCAGGAGCUUCUUCACAUCCAACUUUCAUUCUAUCAGUUCCAAAAAACAGAUGAAUUAAUUCCACAUUAACAUCUGGAGAAACUAAACUGCUUUCAUUUAUAAUGCAUAAAACAUAUUCACUCUGAAUUACAGCAAAGAGCAAUUUCAUCUCUUCAGUUUAUUCAUUUUUAGAGCUGGAGAGCUGAAAGUCACCGUGAUUUUACAUAAAACGAGCAAAACUUAUUUAUAUUGAGUAUUAUUUAGACAGAACCUCAACAUCAGUCAGCUACCAAACUCUUAUUUUGAUUUUUAUUUUAUAUCUGAGUGAAUUUUAAUCCUAAAACUGUCCACAAGAAAAUUAAGAAAAUAUUGCUGGAAAUCUGGAGAAUGUACAUUUGGUUUCCUCCCUCACUAGUCUCUUUACUGGAACUCCUUCAGAGGAGUCAUAGGAGUCUUGGUGACCUCCCCCCUCUCUAGUCUCUUUCUCCUUCAGAGGAGUCAUAGGAGUCUUGGUGACCUCCCCCCUCUCUAGUCUCUUUCUCCUUCAGAGGAGUCAUAGGAGUCUUGGUGACCUCCCCCCUCUCUAGUCUCUUUCUCCUUCAGAGGAGUCAUAGUUGUCUUGGUGGCCUCCCUCUCUAGUCUCUUUCUCCUUCAGAGGAGUCAUAGGAGUCUUGGUGGCCUCCCUCUCUAGUCCCUUUCUCCUUCAGAGGAGUCAUAGUUGUCUUGGUGGCCUCCCCCCUCUCUAGUCUCUUUCUCCUUCAGAGGAGUCAUAGGAGUCUUGGUGGCCUCCCUCACUAGUCUUUUUCUCCUUCGGAGGAGUCAUUGUUGUGUUGGUGGCCUCCCUCUCCAGUCUCUUUCUCCUUCAGAGGAGUCAUAGGAGUCUUGGUGGCCUCCCUCACUAGUCUCUCAGGUCUUGAGGACGUCUUGCUUUAGUCAGAUUUAUUCACGUUCCAUCUUCCUUCCAUUUCUUAAUGAUGGAUUUAUCUGGACACCAGGAGAUCUUCAGGAACUUUAAAUGUUCUUGUAUCGUCCUGACUGAUGCUUUUAAAGAACCUUUCCUCAGAGUUUCUUGGUUCUUCAGUCUUUAUGGUUUAUUUAUUCUCCAAUCACUGACCUCAGAUCAGCUCUAUUUCUCUAACCGGUGACUUCUAGAACCAACUGGCUGCUCUGAGUUCAGUCCGGUGAAUCCCUUAUUUUAUAUUUGGAAUUAUCUGGCGUUACUUUGCAGAAAUCUGUUUUCACUUUGACUGUUUUUAGUAAAUUCUGUCCAGAGAUCCUGACUGAAGGCUGAAGAACAAUAAAAGGAUCAAACUUCA